AUGGAAGAGUCCCUAGGAUGCCCCAUGAGUGACUUUCAAGCUACGCUUUUAGGGAAGCGUCUCGCUAUUCCGUGCGUCUCGCUCCUUAGAGUGAGGUGCCCAGCACGGAGGCGGAGCCGCGCUCCAGCCGCCUCCCCGGCGCCACGGGCGAGACCCCCGGGAGCUCGUGGCCCCAGCACUGAGGCUCCGGCGUCCGGGUCUCCGGGGCUGUCCGCGCUCCUCCCUCUCGGCGCGCCGGGCGCGAAGCCUGCGACGCGCGAGCAGAGCGCAGCGCGCAGAGCCAGUGGCGCACGCUGGGCAGUGGCCCAGGCAGCCCCGAUCGCAGCCAGAGCCCGCACUCGAGCCCGCCAGCCCACGGACACCCGGACUAUGGCCGCCGAGGGAGCCGGCCCCCGCGCCCGGCUCUGGACGGCGGCGCUGCUCCUGCUCGGUCUGCCGCACCUCUCCGUGCGGGCGGAUGGGAAGCUCUUCGUGCUGGAGUCCCAGAAUGGCUCGCAGGGGCUGGGACUGGAGGCGGCUCGGCUUUCUUGCACGAGCAGGGGUGCCCACCUGGUGUCUGCGGACGAGCUGCAGAGGGUGGUCCAGGACUGCACCGUCGCGGUGUGCAGCACCGGCUGGCUGGCGGACGGCACCCUGGGGACAACCGUGUGUAGCAAGGGGAGUGGUGAGCAACCGGUCGUGAGAGCUGUCGAUGUGAGAAUUGACAGCAACCCGGCUCCUGGUGGCACCUACAGUGCCCUUUGUAUUAAGGAUGAAGAGAAGCCGUGCGGAGACCCGCCCUCGUUCCCACACACCAUCCUGCAGGGACGCACCGGCCUGGAGAUGGGCGAUGAGCUGCUGUACGUGUGCGCGCCGGGCCACGUCACGGGCCACCGCGAGAGCGCCUUCACCCUGCUGUGUAACAGCUGCGGGGAGUGGUACGGCCUGGUGCAGGCCUGCGGGAAAGAUGAGGCCGAGGCACAUGUCGACUAUGAAGAUAAUUUCCCUGAUGACAGGUCUGUGUCAUUCAGAGAGCUCAUGGAGGAUUCCCGGACAGGAGCCGAGGAGGACGGGGGUCAGGGAGAGGCCUCCCAGGAGGCUCCAAAACAGGACCGUCUGGUCUCCAUUUCUGCAGGGAGAGAAAACAUAGCUCAGGAUACAGCCUUUGUGCCGACUAAAGGCUUGCCCGGCGCUAGGAGCAGUGUCCCCACAGACCUGCCAGGACCCAUACUGAAAGGGAAGUACUUGUUCUGGCUUCCUGCUGAGACCUUCCACAAGCUGGACUUGGAAAAGGACUUGGAUGAUGACACCAAAAAGCAGUUUCCAGCUGGAGACAACCAUGUCACAUUGGCCCCAGGGGAAUCGGGAACCAAGGGGCUCCAUAGCAGCACUGAUGGUCCCUCGGGGCCAUAUGUGGGCAGGAAUGACAGCAAGGCAGGGGACCCAAUGGUGAGCAGCAGCGACGAGUCCUGGUUAGACGGCUACCCGGUGACCGAUGGGGCUUGGAGGAAGACAGAGGCAGAAGAGGAGGAAGUGGAGGAAGAUGGGGACAAGGGGGAUGGCUCAGUAGGGCUGGAAGAAUGUGUUGUGUUUACUUCCCAUAAGCCCAUUCUUGUGGAAGUGAAUAAGCCCAGGAGUACCACCCUCACACCAAAGGAGGGCAUGACCCAUAGUUCAGUCCUUCCAUCUCAGACACUAGACAUGGAAACUUUGGCUCUCACACCCAAGAGCGGGUCUGAAACUAAGGCUCCCAGCAAGGAGGAUGGUGACUUGACCAGGUACCCAUCAACUGUUCCUUGGAGAUUCGCCACAGAGAAGUCUCCCGUGACCACCCUACCCUAUGAACUCACCGGCUCUACCCUGGAGACAGCUACAGCCGCUGUCCCAAAGCUGCCUCACAACAUCCCCUCGACUGUCAUGGUGGCCGCGCAGACUCCCAUGGAGACCGCUGCUCCUGAAGUCCAGGAGAACUUCCCAUACCUGCUGUCUGAGGACUUCUUGGGGCAGGAAGGCCCUGGCCCCGGUGCUAGUGAGGAGCUUCUUCCAACCUUGGAGCCGUGUGUGGGAGAUGAGUGUCCUAGCCUCAGCAGGGGCCCUGUCAUCGCCACCAUUGUCACCGUCCUGUGCCUGCUGCUGCUCCUGGCGGGCGUGGGGGCAGUGUGGGGCUACCGCAGGUGCCAGCACAAGAGCUCGGUGUACAAGCUGAACGUUGGCCAGAGGCAGGCUCGGCACUACCACCAGCAGAUCGAGAUGGAGAAGGUCUAG